AGUACAUUUUUCUGAUCAUCUGAAGAUCAGCUAUUAGUAGAGAAAGAUCAGCCAAGACCUUUGGACCUGAUCAACUUGAUACAAGAACUACUGAUUUUAACUUCUUUGGCUUAGCUCUCUCCGAAACAAUGAAAUAUACAAGUUAUAUCUUGGCUUUUCAGCUCUGCAUCGUUUUGGGUUCUCUUGGCUGUUACUGCCAGGACCCAUACGUAAAAGAAGCAGAAAACCUGAAGAAAUAUUUUAAUGCAGGUGAGUCAGAUGUAGCGGAUAAUGGAACUCUUUUCUUAAACAUUUUGAAGACUUGGAGAGAGGAGGGUGACCGAAAAAUAAUGCAGAGCCAGAUUAUCUCCUUUUACUUCAAGCUUUUUAAAAACUUUAAAGACAACCAGAGCAUCCAAAAGAGUAUGGAGACCAUCAAGGAAGACAUGAAUGUCAAGUUUUUCAAUAGCAACAAAAGGAAACAGGAUGACUUUGAAAGGCUGACUAAUUAUUCGGUAACUGACUUCAAUGUCCAGCGCAAAGCAAUACAUGAACUCAUCCAAGUGAUGGCUGAACUGUCACCAGCACCUAAAACAGGGAAGCGAAAAAGGAGUCAGAUGCCGUUUCGAGGUCGAAGAGCAUCCCAAUAAUGGUUGUCCUGCCUGCAAUAUUUGAAUUUUAAAUCUAAAUCUAUUUAUUAAUAUUUAACAUUAUUUAUAUGGGGAAUAUAUUUUUAGACUCAUCAAUCAAAGUAUUUAUAAUAGCAACUUUAGUGUAAUGAAAAUGAAUAUCUAUUAAUAUAUGUAUUAUUUAUAAUUCCUGUAUCCUGUGACUGUUUCACUUAAUCCUUUGUUUUCUGACUAAUUAGGCAAGGCUAUGUGAUUACAGGGCUUUAUCUCAGGGGCCAACUAGGCAGCCAACCUAAGCAAGAUCCUGUGGGUUGUGUGUUUGUUUUACUUGAUGAUAAAAUGAACACUUAUAUGUGAAAUGAUACCAUCCAGUUACUGCCUGUUUGAAAAUAUGCCUGCAUUCUGAGCCACUGCUUUAAUAGCAUGUCAGACAGAACUUGAAUGUGUCAGGUGACCCUGAUGAAAACAUAGCAUCUCAGGAGAUUUCAUGCCUGGUGCUUCCAAAUAUUGUUGACAACUGUGACUGUACCCAAAUGGAAAGUAACUUAUUUGUUAAGAUUAUCAAUAUCUAAUAUAUAUGAAUAAAGUGUUAAGUUCAUAACUA